AUGGAUCCCCUGAAGGGACUGGAUGAAUCGUCGACCGACGAUGAUGCAGCCUCUCAAACAACGGAGGAUGAUCCCCAGAUCCCGGAAAGACAUGAGCCUCCGGCACCUCCUCCAGUCGCACCACCUACAGCCAGUGGUCGGGAGAGACCGCACUACCAGCUGCGACACACCAUGCGGGGACAUACUUCCUCAAUCUCAGCGGUCAAGUUUAGUCCCGACGGCACGCUACUGGCCUCAUGUGGCAACGACAAAGCUGUCAAAAUCUGGUCGCCGUUUACCGGCGAACUCAUCAGGAAUCUAAAUGGCCAUACGAAAGGUCUUUCCGACAUUGCAUGGUCGUCAGAUAGUGUAUACCUAGCAUCGGCUUCUGAUGACCACACAAUUCGAAUUUGGGACGUAGAUACCGGUCUCACGCACAGAACGCUGAAAGGCCAUACAAGCUUUGUAUUUUGUGUCAACUACAACACCACCUCGACUCUUUUGGUGUCGGGCGGCUGCGAGGGCGAUGUGCGCAUCUGGAACGCUUCUAAAGCCAAAUGUAUUAAGACAAUACAUGCACACCUGGAUUAUGUCACUGCAGUACAUUUCAACCGAGAUGCGAGUCUCAUCGUAUCCUGUGCGCUCGAUGGCCUGAUCCGUAUUUGGAAUACCACGUCAGGGCAGUGCCUGAAAACCCUUGCGGAAGGACAUGAUGCUAUAUGUCAACACGUGCAAUUCUCUCCGAAUUCGAAGUAUAUUCUCUCGACAGCGCACGACAGCGCAAUUCGACUUUGGGACUAUCAAACCUCACGGUGCUUGAAGACGUAUAUGGGACACACCAACCAAAAGUACUGUAUUGCAGCAUGUUUCAGCGUCACAGGCGGCAAGUGGAUUGUCUCCGGGAGCGAAGAUAACAAGGUCUAUUUGUGGGACCUUCAGAGCCGUGAAAUUGUGCAGGUGCUCGAAGGUCACCAAGACGUCGUAGUUGCAGUCGCAACGCAUCCUUCACAAAACAUGAUAGCGUCUGCGUCUAUGGAGUCGGACCUCACUGUACGUAUAUGGGAAGAUCGUGGAACUCAAUGA